AUGAGCGCAUGGCGGCGCCUGGCUCAGGCCAGGCGCGAGUGUUACCCGAAGGGGAAGAGCCCUUCCGUUGGCAGAGCCUUUGAGGACGUGGGUGGAUAUCAAGAGCUUCGGGAUAAGUACAUCAUCUCCAAGCCCACCAACGUCAGCCAGGGCAACUGGACGGCCAACUCAAAGUGCUACAUGCCCCGCAGAGAUUCAUACCACGUCUUCCGCGAUCCCCUAACUGGAGACAUCCCCUGGCCUGGGCUCUUCUUUGGCGUCUCCAUCCUAAACCUGUACCGCUGGUGCGCCAGUCAGAUUUCUGUGCAGCGAUGCCUGGCGGGGAAGAGCAUAUAUCACGUGAAGUCCGGCUGCGUCUUCUGUGGCUACCUGAGUCUGCUGCCCAUGUUCAUCUUCGUGAUGCCAGGAAUGAUCAGCCGCAUCUUGUACCCAGACACGGUGGCGUGUGCUGUGCCCUCGCACUGUGCCUGGCGCUGUGGCGCCUCGUCCGGCUGCAGCUUCGUCUCCUACCCGCUGCUGGUGGUGGAGCUGCUGCCCACAGGCGUGCUGGGCGUGAUGCUGUCUGCCCUGUGGGGCUCGCUCGUCUCCUCCCUGACGUCCAACCUCAACUGCGCCACCACCCUCUUCACGCUGGACAUCUACACCCAGAUGCGCCCGGCGGCGACGGAGAAGGAGCUUAUGGUGACGGGAAGGUUUUUUGUCAUCGUUCUAUUUGCUAUCACCAUCACCUGGGCCACUCUUAUGCAAACCGCGUACCAGGAGCAAGUGUUUGAGCUAGUGAUGGGGACGAGCAACUACCUGGCGGCGCCCAUAGCGGCCCUCGUCCUGCUCGCCGUGUUUUGCAAGAGAGUGACCGAGCAGGGCGCCUUCUGGGGGCUGCUGGGCGGCCUCGUGAUCGGCCUCUGUGUGAUGGCGCUCAGGUUCGUCUACAGGCCACAGAGCUGCACGGGGAGCAGGAGCGCGUGCCCGGGGCCCGUCUGCGACCUGAACUAUCUCUACGUGGUCAUGGUGCUGUUCGCCGUCUCCCUGCUCCUCAUGCUGGGAAUCUCCUCGUGCACAAAGCCGGUUCCCGACCAGCACCUGCGCCAGCUCUGCUGGAGCCUGCGGCACAGCCCUGACCCGCGGGUGUGUCUGGAUGCCGAAGUCCAGAGGAAGAGGUGCGUCUCGCAGGAAGUGCCAGAGGACGCCAGUCCCGGCCGAGGCCUUUCCCGUGCACGGGAGCUGGCCGCGGUGCUGAUCGCGGUGCUGGACGCCGAGCAGGCCCGCGAGGCCGGCUGGCGGAGCCAGGGGAGCCGCACUGACCAGACAGACACUUGGGGGGAGGAGUUCAAGAAGGGCCAGGGCUGCUUCUGGAUGGCCUGGGAUAUCUUCUGUGGCCUGAAGCUGCAGCCCAGCUCCAGAGUGAGCCCAGAGGAGGCGAGCGUGAAGGAGACGCGCAGCCACAGCCUGCUGGACACAGCACCCGACCAGGCCGGCGAGCGCCCCGAGGGUGGCGACGUGAUGGAGACGAGCCCCGUGAGGAAAAUCAUCAACGGCACCGCCGUCAUCCUGCUGCUGGUCACGGUCCUCUGUCACAUCUACUACUUCUAG